CCUCUUCCAGUCGACCUUGGCCGCUUCGCCCACACCGCAGCUCGACCAGUUCUCUCUCUCCACCUUGCAUGUGAAGAGAGAGCGCGGCGUUACGUCAGCCGGCGUGGGCGCGAGCGCGCGCGCGUCUUCGCUGCUAUUCGUGGGCACCGCUGCCAAACUCAGCUUGGGGCAGCUCCACACGUCACUGCGGCCAAUGCACUUUUUUUUGUUUUUUUUGUUCCCCCCUCAAACCUCGGCGCUAUGUGGUAAGUCAACUAUCCAUUCCUGCAGUUUUUUUUUUUGUUUUUUUGUUUUUUUUUUUGCUACCCGCACCGAUUGUGUUCACAUGGGCAUGUCUCUGUUGCUGGCACAGUUGACAAAGUGCCACGCGGUGUAAGGGCGAGCGCGGAUAAGAAAAGACAGAGAGAAGCAAAAACCAAUGUCAAUAUCAAUCUAUAGCUCCACUUGUACCGCGAUGGCAUGAUGCCGCAGCAACAGAGCGGUUUGGCGCACAGAGCUUUGUGCAGCAUUUGUCGGUGUUUGCUUGUUUUUGUCUCGCUGACGUGAAAAUCAACAUGCCUCACGCUCGAAAUAGGAACCCGAGCCCCAUUCCGGAGGUAACAUGGGACACGGGCUUGAAGGAGAUGAACGAGACGUGGAAAGGAGCGAUCGCGUGUCUCGGGGUGGCCGUCUUCUUUGUCAUGACCAUCGGGAUCAUAUACUGGCAAGUGGUGGACCAGCCCAACAAGAACUGGAUCCUGAAGGGGACCUUGAGCGGACUGAUCUGGGAAAGGAGAACCCACUCGCUGGUCAUCCAGACCCUGACGGAGGACAAGACCUACGUGGAGAUCGACGUCGGCGACGUGGGGAGCCCUGACCUGGAGGUUCCCUUGGUCAGGAACCUGUGCUGGCUCAACAAGACCGAGUUCUGCUACACGUGGGAGGCGGUGGCCGAGAUCAGAAUCUCCCUGGAUGCGAACGAGGAGGACACGCAGACCGAGUGCUACAGCGUGACCUGGACGCCGGUGCGGUGUCACGUGCGGCUCAAGGACUGCUUCUCCAUGACAAACGUGUCGUGGUACGGCGGCGCCAGUGUCAACGGUCAGACGUGGCCUAUAAAUGAUCAAAACGCCAGCAUGCAGCCUUUCGUCGUCAGCGAUCUCGAGGAGAAUCCCUCAGCGUUCGGCUCAGCUCUGGAGCGCUACUUUCUUGGCUCAUCAGGCGUUGCUGUGCUGGCGUCUCCUGAUGUCCCGCUGCAGCUGGGGCUGGACAGCAGACAACAGUUCUGCUUGCAGUCACUGCCCAGUAUGGAUCUUCUCCCGCUGCAAUACAGCGUUUGUGUGGCCAACGACGUGAAGGCUGUACACCAAGUAGCAAUACGACAGCUCUCCCAGCUCACUCGGGAGAUACCCGACAUGAAGGCGCUGCGGCUACCGUCCUGGAAGCUACUUAGCAAUGUGGAUUCAGGCCUGAAAGUGGAGAGGGAGUUAAGGACCUUCUCUAAUCGUCUUAGAAGACACCAGCUGGGGGAUGGAAUCAUCAGCCUUAACGAACAUUCCACCAAUCUCCUCUCUGAAAUGGACCACGACUACCUCAACAGCAGGAAGAGGGAGGCGUCGAAGAGACUCAGCAGGGACCUCCCACUUGUGAAGCUUCUUAACAUUUCCGUCACUCUGUCCCCUUUCCUGAGCGUGGACACCACGCAGUUCCAAACCUCUCUCACGGAUGGCGCCGAGGCCUUCUGGCUCAGCCUCCCCUCGGCGCCCAAUGGACAGCUGGUCCCGUUGAUGACUCAGUGGCGAGGGAAAUUCUGUGUAAAGCUGAAUGUCACAAACCCAGCAGCGGUGAGCUGGUUCCUGGACAGAGUGGGAUCCCUACAAGCCCAUUUGGGAAUGGAGUACAUUCUGCUGGAGGGGGGUGAGAGGAAUCUGUUUGAGGAGCAGGCCCUGCGGCCACCGGAGGCUCUGGGCGGGGACGCGUACAUCGGCCUGCUGGCUGAUGUGGCUGCCAAAAUUGGAGACUCCACGAUCAUGUCAGCCGGGACAAGGUCGAGCCACAAGCCAGUAUUUCUGAGGAUGACCCCUCUGCAAUCUGACUGGAGUCCAAUGGGCCUGAAAGGCAUCAUUCCCUCUCUGCUACAUCACACUCUGCUGGGAUACAACUUCCUCAUUCCCGACGCAGUAGGUGGCUCUCUAUCUGGAGACGCGGUCACAGAUGAGGAGUUGUACAUCCGGUGGCUGGAGAUCGUGUCCUUCUUCCCUGUGAUCAGCUUCCACACCCCCCCGUGGGUCUGCGGAGAGGACCGGGUGUUAAACCUAACUCGGCUAUACAUAACAAAGCACCAGAGGGACGUGGCACCACUCAUCGAGAAGUACGCCGAGGAGUGGCGGGAGACGGGAAGCCCCAUCUACCGACCCUUGUGGUGGCUCGGUCCAGAGGAUCCCGCGACCUUCACCAUUGACGACCAGUUCCUCAUCGGAGACGAGGUGCUGGUGGCACCGGUGGUGGAGAAGGGGGCAGUGAGCAGGGAUAUUUACUUACCUGACGGGGGCUUCCAGUGGCAGGACAGCCAAAACGCGCGUGUGUUCGACGGAGGGACGUUCCUGCAGGACUACCCUGUGCCCUUGGAGGCGGUGGGUGUUUUCUUACGGCGAAGAUGAGUGACAUGUGACUUAUCCUAUGACUGUCUCAUUUUUGACACGUGCUGUUUUAAACUUGCACUUUUUUUCCACAAGAGACCAUUGACCCUGCCUCAUUGCCUUGUUUUGAGACAACUUGUAAAAAUGUAUUCUUAUACUUGCACUUUACUGUUCUACAUGACUUCUAAUUUCGUUUUUCUUCCUUUUUUUUUUUUUUAAAAAAGAAUGUUAAUCAGUUUUACCUCUUGGCUAAUUUAGAUUUGUGUUGUUGUUCUGCUUCUUUGUAUAUAAGUUCUGGAGAAAUCUUUUUUUUUGCCUUUCUACAGCCUAGAAAGUUCUUAGCUGCUGCUGUCGCUCUUGACAAGGCGGAGCAAAGCAAGCCCCUCGUUGCUUAAAAUGAAUCGGAAUCUCUCAAGAAGACCAAACGAAGUGAAAUUAAAUGGGAACGGGCUUUAUGGAGGGAACUUUAGCUCGCAGAAAGCUUUGUGCGGACACAAUUUGGGUGCCUUGCUCACACAUUUUGAAAAGAAGCCUUUUACUUGAACUUCUUCCGCCAACGGGCUGACGUUUGAAUGGCUGUACCUAAUCCUUCAACAGAAUCGACGGGCACGCCGGAGUACAACAACCCCUUAGCGCUUAAUGUAAUAAUAUCUAAAUAUGUUGAAGCUAAUUGUAUCAGUGUAGCACUCUGUUGACACCUGAAUGUCCCGUAGUACCGUCGGCCACAUGAACUGGAGGCCAAGCCGUUGAUAUUGUAACAUUGGAAUAUAUCUGCUCCCUUUGAACUUGUUUCUAACCUGCUGCAGCGAGGGCAUUCGAUAGUCGUCUUUUAAGUCCAGCUGAGCGCCACGCUGCCACCACCAUGCUUCGGUGUAUGUAUGGUGUUCUUUGGUUGAUGAGCAGUGUUGCGUUUGUGCCAAACCUUUUCGAAGUAUUACAACCUUUGUUUCAUCGGACCGGAUCUCAUUAUCCCACGUUUUGUGGGAUGGUGCACUUUAACAUACUGUAAGUGUGAAUGUGAUUGGUUAUUCUGAAUUAUGAAAGGGUGUACAAACUUGUGCAACCGUACUAUCUGAGUUGUUUUUUGUUUUUGUUUUUGUUUUUUAACUUCCCCACUCAAAAAGCAAUUUGAAUUCAUUGAUUUGCAAAGGUUACAGAUCAAUUAAUAGUAGAAAAGCUUUUGAAAUGAUUCAUUUUGGUCUCAUCACAAAAGCCUGGCAUUUCAACAGGGGACGUGUCCACAUUUGAUAUUCGCUGUGGUAACGAGUAUCAAAAGUGAGAGUCGUCAUCGUCGUAAAGACUGUGUAAAUUAUACAUGAUGAGAUUGUGGAGGAAAUUAGGCAAAAGCCACCAGCAGCUUUUCGAGCUUCCCGUUAGUGUUUCAUUUGUUUGCUAUCCCGGCCAUAGUCAUUGCUGUUGUCAUGAUUUCUUCGUAUUUGAUUUCUGUGGUGCCUUCGCGCGGAUGUAAAUGUGGUCGGCAAAUGAUUUGUAAGGCUCAGUCGCGGUCAUGUAACGUCCUCAUUGAUUGUCCAAGCGACAACAACUGGCUUUCAGCGGCCCUUUUGACGAAUUGCAUUCGAUCGCACUCUCUCGACAUCACAUUCAUUUCUUUCUCUCCGUAAACUUUUUCAUUUUGAUUUGCUUCCUGGACUACAUACGAUGUAAAUGAUCCUCAUUAUUUGCAUAGUCUGGCUGUUUUGCAAUCUUAAUCAAAUGUACAGAAGUAGUCACCUUUGCACAAUGAGACAAUGCUUUACACAACAUAUUCGAUGGUAUUCUUUUGGCUUUUAUUUAAAUGAUGUGGAGAUACAGACGGACUGUCUGCUGUCCCACAACAUUUUCUGUGACUGCCCCGCUUACUGUAUCAACACUCAGGUCUACUGAAUCUUAUCCAAUCACCGUAUGUCUUAGUGCAGCACAUUGAUGUCUUAAUCGCUCCUAACAAUGAAUGUACAAUGGAUAAACUGUGAUAUUCCCGCCGAGCCAUUUACCGGAGGAGCUGCAAAGUUCCCACUCGAAUGCGUUGCAGCGAUGCUGCGCUACGUUGAAGUACAACCCCAAUUCCAAUGAAGUUGGGACGUUGUGUUAAACAGAAAUCCAAACAGAAUGCAAUGAUUUGCAAAUCAUGUUUGACCUAUAUUUUAUUGAGUACACUGCAAAGACAAGAUAUUUCAUGUUCAAACUGAUCAACUUGAUUGAUUUGAGCAAAUAAUCAUUAACUUGGAAUUUUAUGGCUGCAACACGUUCCCAAAAAGCUGGCAGAGGUGGCAAAAAAGACUGAGAAAGUUGAGGAAUGCUCAUCAAACACGUGUUCGGAACAUCCCGCAGGUGAACAGGCUCAUUGGGAACAGGUGGCCGCCGUGAUUGGGUAGAAAAGGAGCUUCCCUGAGUUGCUCAGUCAGUCACAAGCAAAGAUGGGGCGAGGUUCGCCUCUUUGUCAACAUAGUCCAACAGUUUAAGGACAAUGUUCCUCAACAUACAAUUGCAAGAAAUUUAGGGAUUUCAUCAUCUACGGUCCAUAAGAUCAUCAAAAGGUUCAGAGAAUCUGGAGAAAUCACUGCAUGUGAGCGACGAGGCCGAAAACCGACAUUGAAUGCCCGUGACCUUCGAUCCCUCGGGCGGCACUGCAUCAAAAAGCGACAUCAAUGCGUAAAGGAUAUCACCGCAUGGGCUCAGGAACACUUCAGAAAACCAAUGUCAGUAAAUACAGUUCGGCGCUACAUCUGUAAGGGCAACUUGAAAGUCUACUAUGCAAACCAAAAGCCAUUCAUCAACAACACCCAGAAACGCCGCCGGCUUCUCUGGGCCCGAGCUCAUCUAAGAUGGACCGAUGCGAAGUGGAAAAGUGUUCUGUGGGCCGCCGAGUCCACAUUUCAAAUUGUUUUUGGAAAUUGUGGACGUCGUGUCCUCCGGGCCAAAGAGGAAAAGAACCAUCCGGACUGUUAUGGAUUCAAAGUUCAAAAGUCAGCAUCUGUGAUGGUAUGGGCCUGUGUUAGUGCCAACGGCAUGGGUAACUUAUACAUCUGUGAAGGCACCCUUAAUGCUGAAAGGUACAUACAGGUUUUGGAGAAACAUGCUGCCAUCCAAGCAAUGUCUUUUUCAUGGACGUCCCUGCUUAUUUCAGCAAGACAAUGCCAAACCACAUUGUGCACGUGUUAUAACAGCGUGGCUUCGUCGUAAAAGAGUGCAGGGACUAGACUGGCCUGCCUGCAGUCCAGACCGGUCUCCCAUUGAAAAUGUGUGGCGCAUUAUGAAGCGUAAAAUACGACAACGGAGACCCCGGACAGUUGAACUGCUGAAGCUCUACAUCAAGCAAGAAUGGGAAAGAAUUCCACCUACAAUUAGCGUCCUCAGUUCCAAAAACCAAAUUAUUGAAUGUUGUUCAAAGAAAAGGUGGUGUAACACAGUGGUAAACGGGUUGCAGCCAUCAAAUUCCAAGUUCAUGAUCAUUUUCUAAAAGCAAUAAAGUUGAUCAGUUUGAACAUGAAAUAUCUUGUCUUUGUCGUGUAUUCAAUGAAAUAUCGGUUGAACAUGAUUUGCAAAUCAUUGUAUUCUGUUUUUCUUUAUGUUUAACACAACGUCCCAGCUUCAUUGGAAUCGGGGUGGUAUAAACUGCAGGAAAUGCUUUGUUAUUUGCUCUACAGACUGAGCGGACAUGCUGCCGUUCACGCCUUCAUUUAAUCUGGACAACACGAGUGCCUGGAUUAUUGUAGUAUCAGCAAUGUACAUAUUACGAUGACUGUGCCAUUACAAAUGUUGUUGUUUUUUUUCUCUUCUGUAAAUCAGAGAAUCUAGAAUGACUAAUUUGCGAAUAAAGUUUACAUUUUCUUACUA